AUGGUGAUGGAGCUGAAAGUGCAGGAAAUUUAAAGGCUUUGGAUCCUUGCAAAGCAGACAAACUGGUGCCAACGUGCGUGGCGGGUGCUGCUGAGGAGGAGCAGGCUGCUUUGCAAGCUGCAGCGAGGAGCCUGCGGAAAGGAACUGGGGGACGAAUUUGCACUCACACCAACCCCCCAAGCCGUCUCCCGCCCGCACGCUCUGGGAAAGGGGGAGCAGCAGCGGAAAGGAGCAUUUGCCACCCGAAAAACGGCUCGCUCUCUCCCUGGGAAGGAAAAGCAGCAGGAGGAUUUCGCCAAGGCUCCUCCAGGAGAAGAAUCCGCUGGAGAGAGGAGUUGCCGAGGGAGGGGGCUGUGCUCCUGGCUUCUUGGGGUGCAGCCUUUGGCGGCGGCCGGGGCGGAUUCCCCCGAAAGACAAACUGCUUGGAUAAAGCCCGUACGAGUUGUUGUUUUUUCUGAUGCAUUUGCUUGCACCUUCUUCCUCUGCUGUCUGGUGAACCCAACCCCCUCCCCCUCCCGCCCUCCCCGAGCUCCCCGAGGAUGGAUCAUUCCCAGUGCCUUGUGACUAUUUACGCCUUGGUGGUUCUGCUGGGUCUCCGGAUAGAGGAAGGCGCUGGCCAGCAUUAUCUCCACAUCCGCCCGGCGCCCAGCGACAACUUGCCCUUGGUGGAUCUAAUCGAGCACCCGGACCCUAUCUUUGACCCCAAGGAGAAGGAUCUUAAUGAGACCUUGCUGCGAAGCCUCAUGGGCGGCCACUUCGACCCUAACUUUAUGGCUGUCUCCUUGCCCGAGGACCGGCUAGGGGUGGACGACCUGGGCGAGCUGGACUUGCUGCUCAGGCAGAGACCCUCGGGGGCGAUGCCCAGCGACAUCAAAGGGCUGGAGUUUUACGAGGGGCUGCAGCCGGGCAAAAAGCACAGGCUGAGCAAAAAGUUGCGCAGGAAGCUGCAGAUGUGGCUGUGGUCCCAGACCUUCUGCCCAGUGCUCUACACGUGGACCGACCUUGGCAGCCGCUUUUGGCCCCGCUAUGUCAAAGUAGGCAGCUGCUACAGUAAAAGGUCUUGUUCGGUCCCAGAAGGCAUGGUUUGCAAGCCUGCCAAGUCGGUGCAUUUAACGAUCCUGAGGUGGCGAUGCCAGCGCCGGGGGGGGCAGAGGUGCACAUGGAUACCCAUUCAGUACCCCAUCAUUUCGGAGUGCAAAUGCUCCUGCUAGGACUUGCACUUAACCCCUCCCGCCCCCCGAAACCGGAUUCCCCUGGUGAACUUUGCUGCCCAUCCAUCCAUUUAAAAAAAAAGACAAUUGCUUUCUGGUUAACGUUGUAAUGCACUGUAACGUGUAGGAGAAUGUAUAUGUGUGUGUAUAUAUGGCACCGUUUUAAUUUACUAUUAAAAGGUCAGUAUUAUACGUGAAAUAA